AUGGCUUCCGGUGACGAAGAAAUGUUUGUUGAUGAUGAGGCAAUGAGGAAUGCUGAAGACUUCAAACUUCCCCCGAAAAUUGCUCCUUCUUCGGCAGUCACUGUGAAAACGGCAUCUGAGUUCGAAGUCGAGUUGAAUGGUUACAUGAUGGACAUUAGAGGGCUACCAAGAGAAAUAUAUCACUACAGGAUCUCUUUUACGAAGCACACGGAUCGUAAGACCCGCGAUCUCACACGAGGACAAAAACAGGAUUUUAUUGUACAGUCGCGACGUCGCGUUUGCAUGUCCUUGUUCAACACUUUGGUGAAGAAACAUGCACAUUUAUUCCCUAAAUCGUCCAAGUAUUCGUUCAUUUAUGACUGUGGCAACAGCUUAUUCAUGAAGAAACCACUGCCUGAUGAACGCGGCGACGCUGCCUUAAAGAUUGAUCUUCUUCCUACUGACAUCAGUUCCGCGAACACCAAGAAGCAGUUAGGACCUGCAUGUGUUAAGGUAGAGGUUGAGAUUCAGUUCACCCAUGUAUUCACACCAACUCUAAAUGGUGAGGUUGAACAAAUCAGGGAAACCCAGCAAUUCCUCGAAAUUUUAACAUCUGCUGGAAUGGUGAAGAAUGAAGAUCAUUUAUUGUUCGGAAACAAGGCGUACGAGCGCUCAUCAAAAAAUGAUGCGCCAUUACCACAAGGGAAAGUAGUGAAGUGUGGAUUUGAAAAGAACUGUCGCGUGGUGGAGUCAGCUGGCGAAGUUUUAGCAAUGUUGCAGAUAGGAGACGUUGCAGUCCGCACGACUCACACGGAGGUGCCACGAGUUGUUUACAUUAAUGGGUUGUCAAAGGAUAGUGCCCUAAGUGCUAAAUUCGAGCAUGAGGGUGAGGAAAUCACAGUUUAUGAGUACUUCCGUAAACGAUACAAACGGGAACUUAGAUACCCGAACCUUCCGCUGUGUAUCGAACGAAAGCCCCAAGGUUUUGUUUAUCACCCCAUGGAAGUGUUGGAAAUUGAGCGCGGGCAACGAGUUACCACGGAAAAACAGACACCUCAAAUGUCGGAAUCAAUGAUAAGAGAAUGUCAGCUCCCCCCUGUGCAAAUGAGGAAGCACGUCGAAGAGCAAAUAAGUGCCGCUGGGCUCAACAACGACAAUCCAUACUUUGUGGAAUGGGGCGUCAAAAUCUCUACUCGACCGAUGCGUGCCGUUGCUAGACGUUUCCACCCACCUGCCAUCACCUAUGGGGGUUCGAUGAAGGUGCAACCAAAUCACUUAGGCGACAUGCAGUGGAAAUUGGGAGCGAGAGAGCAGUUUGCGGAGCCAGCCAAGCUGUAUGGGAAGUGGACAUUUAUCAUUUUCGAUGGAUGUGUUCGUAAGAGCGAUGCGGAGUCUUUCAUCGAUGCGUUGUCGAGGUACUCUUCCCAGCAUGGUGUGCAGAUAUCAGCACGAGACGCUGAGGUUCGCGAAACAAGCAGUGAAAUUGAGCAGAAUAUCGACUCACUGAUGAGGCAUCUUAGUAACAGUAGCAAAUUUGUAAUGUUCACCACAAAGGCGAAAUUGGAUCCAGUUCAUGGUUUGAUGAAGCGCCUUGAAGCUCAGUACGGUCUACUAACCCAGCAUCUCAGUGUCCAAACUCUGAACAAAGCUAUUGGACAGAAGGGUGCUUUCAUGGUGCUCGGAAAUCUAUGCUUGAAAUUGAAUCUGAAACUUGGAGGUAUCAAUCACAUCCUAAAAACAUGUGAUCAGUUUUCAUCUUCGAAUCCCAACAUUAGAAAUGUUGAUGCAUCUCUAUUUCCGAAGACUCGUAUGUUCGUUGGUUUUGAUAUCAGCCACGCUGGCCCACAGUCCUUUGCUGAUCGGCAGAUGAAGGUGGCUCAGAGCGAGCCAACCGUCGUCGGUGAACCUCGUCUCAACUCGAUUUCGGACAUUGCAACGCAUUUCACUGUGGCACUUCAAAAUUUCCUGAAGGAGACAAACAGCCUACCUCUCGAUAUUGUUGUAUUCCGUGGUGGAGUUUCAGAGGGAGAGUUUAAAAAGGCUGCUGCAGAAAUGAUCGAGCUGCAAAAAGCCUUCGUAGAAGUUAAUCACCUGUAUCGCCACGGGAUGUAUUCUCCUUCGCUCACAUGUUUGGUCGUUCAGACGAAUUCAAAUUAUCGUAUUAUACCCACCAAAAUCGACCCACAUGCGCGGCCUAUGGAUCAAAACGUCCCUAGCGGCACUGUAGUGGAUGAUGCCUUGCAUCCUGCAUACAAUGAAUUCCUCAUUGUUCCUCAAAAGGCUCUCCAAGGCACCGCUCGAACUCUACGCUGCACUUUGGUAACAUACAGUAAAGGCACGUCUGGAUGCUUGCCAACAAUGGAAGAAUUGAAGCAGAUUACCAAUAUGCUGUGCCAUGGACAUCAAGUUGUUUGUGGAACUACAACCCUGCCAUCUGUCUGCACGUCGGCUACCAAUUUGUCGAAGCGAGGAAGGAAUAACUGGAAAGCAGAAAACUUUCGGGAUAUGGAGGACGGUUCGGUGGUGUCCGGUGGCAGUGGUGAUCGCGGAAGGCUCGUACACGAUGGCACACCUGACUUUUUCAAGAAUCUCAGUGCACGCCUUCAUUGCGAAAUAGACUCGCACUAUUGGGCCUAG